CUUAGUUGUGUGCGUGCCGACCGCUUCUUCGGUUAUUCUCAAUCUCAGGCAAUCGAGAUUCUUUUCCAUCUAAAACGAGAGAGAGAGAGAGAUUUUAGGGUUUGUUUCUGCAGGUUGGUAGGAAAUGGGGAGAAGCAGCUCCUUCGCAUGUCUUCAUCUCAUCAUUUUCUUCUUCAUCUUGUUCCUGAAUCUCUCCUUCGCCGAUGAAGUCUCCCAUGACAACGAAUCCGCCCCGAAAUCGCCUGCGUGCAACAACAAAUUCCAGCUUGUUAAGGUGAAGAACUGGGUAAAUGGUGUAGAAGCUGAAAGUGCGGUUGGAUUAAGUGCUAGAUUUGGCUCUUCCUUGCCACGUCAUGCAGACGAAGCACUCAGAAUGCCUGCCGUUUUGGCAAAUCCUUUCAACUGCUGUGCCAAUUCCUCUUCAAAGUUAGCAAAUUCUAUUGCCUUGUCGAAGCGGGGAAAUUGUACUUUCACAACUAAGGCACAAGUUGCACAGCUAGGUGGUGCAGCUGGCUUACUGGUGAUAAAUGACAAUGAAGAUCUUUAUAAAAUGGUGUGCACCGAAAAUGAUACAUCCCUAAACAUUACGAUUCCUGUUGUUAUGAUUCCGAAGUCAGCAGGGCAGAUUAUGAAGGAUUCCUUGGACGCUGGAGGGAGAGUGGAGCUUCUGUUGUAUUCUCCUAGGCAGCCAGUUGUGGAUUUCUCUGAGAUAUUCUUGUGGCUGAUGGCCGUUGGGACCAUUGUUUGUGCUUCCAUUUGGGGUGACUUUAUUGCGUGCGAGCAGACUGAUGAGCGUUAUGAUCAAUUGGGUGCACCUGAUACUGGAGCUGCCAACAAGGAUGAUAUGGAGAAGGAAAUUGUAGAUAUUAAUGUGAAGGGAGCUAUAAUUUUCGUCAUAAUGGCAUCCGCUUUUCUAAUGCUACUCUACUUUUUUAUGUCUUCUUGGUUUAUUUGGCUUCUAAUCGUGUUAUUCUGCAUUGGUGGCAUUGAGGGAUUACAUAUUUGCUCAGUGAUGCUGAUUUCAAGAAUAUGCAGAGACUGUGCUCAGAAAACAAUGAAUCUUCCUGUUCUUGGGGAGGUUUCAAUUUUAUCUACUGUGGUUUUACUAUUCUCUGCAGCAUUUGGUAUUUUUUGGGCUGCAAAUCAGCAUGCAUCAUAUGCCUGGGUUGGUCAAGAUAUUCUUGGCAUCUGUUUGAUGAUAACUGUCUUGCAAAUGGCUCGCUUGCCAAAUAUCAAGGUCGCUUCAGUACUGCUCAGUUGUGCAUUUUUCUAUGAUAUAUUUUGGGUCUUCAUAUCGCCGUUUAUAUUCCAUGAAAGUGUCAUGAUUGCAGUUGCUAGUGGAGACAAUAAUGGUGGGGAAGCCAUUCCCAUGCUUUUGAGGAUCCCUCGAUUUUUUGAUCCUUGGGGUGGCUAUGAUAUGAUUGGCUUUGGGGACAUUCUCUUCCCCGGUUUGCUGGUUUCAUUUUCAUACAGAUUCGACAGAUCAAAUAAGAAGGGUAUAUUAAAUGGUUACUUUCUUUGGUUGGUAUUUGGCUAUGGAUUUGGCCUCUUGCUUACGUAUCUUGCUUUGUAUCUGAUGGAUGGGCACGGCCAGCCUGCACUAUUGUACCUUGUUCCAUGUACAUUAGGGCUUAUUGUGAUAUUGGGUUAUCUGAGAGGUGAGCUGAGAAACCUGUGGGACUAUGGAAAGGGCCCAUCGACUGAGACUUCGGCAGAGGCUUGAGCAUUGCGCCAUUUGCAUCUCCAAAAUGGUGAAAAAGGGGCAGCCCUUUGAACAGCUGCUGAAUCCACCUGCGACAAGAUAGUGUAAAACACGCCCAUUUUACUUCACGGAUCCAUACAUUGGUGAAGACCCUGUGACGGAGGAAAGAGAGAGUUCUGCUCAAGAUAGCAGAAUCCAAAGGUGGAGGAGAUGAAGACAUCCAGAGUCCCCUUGUAGUUUAUAUCAAUAUACAAACUCCCAUUGUAGAGCUAAAUUUAGGGUCUUGCCACCUUAUAGCUGUUAUUGGAUUUGUAUCAUUAGAUUGGAAUCUGGUCGCAACGAAUUCCCUUCAAUAGAACCAUAUGGUGCUGUAAAUUUUUAUUUUUUUAAGAAAAACUUGUGCUAAUGUACUGCCAGAUAACACAACAGCUCUCUUCUUCAAGCAAGAAUUAAUCCUUGAUUAGUAUUUCCUUUCA